CUCAGAGGACUGCUGGUGCCAAUUCUUUUACCUGAGAAAUGCUACGAUCAGCUCUUCGUCCAGUGGGACUUGCUGCACGGCAUUGCUCGAGUCCCCUGACCCUGCUCUCCUCAGGAACUGGACGACUCACUUCAAAUGUUCCUCUUUCCAUGGCAUACAUUCCGGAACCUUCUGGUUAUCCUGGCCCUUCUGCAGGGGACAACCCCACUCUUUCAUCAGCUGUCGUGUCAGCCCUCAAAACUACUUUAGAUGUAUUUAUAGGAAGUGGAAGUUGUAGUUCAGAAGAAGCUGUUCUAACAGCACACCUAGUCUGAAUAGAAGAUGUCGUAGCAAGGAUGUCUACCCCGCCAUCCCUACCGCCUCCAGAGACUUACUGGUGUGGUAGUCACGUUCCCUGCCUCAAGAUCCUCCUCAGCAAAGGCCUUGGGCUGGGCAUCGUGGCCGGGUCCCUUCUCGUGAAGCUGCCACAGGUGUUUAAACUCUUGGGAGCCAAGAGUGCAGAAGGACUGAGCCUCCAGUCAGUAAUGCUGGAACUAGUGGCACUCACUGGAACUGUGGUCUACAGCAUCACCAACAACUUUCCCUUCAGCUCUUGGGGUGAAGCACUGUUCCUGACACUCCAGACCGUUGCCAUCUGCUUCCUGGUCAUGCACUACAGAGGAGAGACCGUGAAAGGAGUCGCUUUCCUUGCUUGCUAUGCCAUGGUCCUGCUGGCGCUGCUCUCUCCACUCACGCCUCUGGCUGUAGUCACCCUGCUCCAAGCCUCCAAUGUACCUGCCGUGGUGGUGGGGAAGUUGCUCCAGGCAGCCACUAACUACCGCAACGGACACACAGGCCAGCUUUCAGCCAUUACAGUGUUUAUGCUGUUUGGGGGCUCCUUGGCCCGAAUCUUCACUUCUGUUCAGGAAACUGGAGACCCCCUCAUGGCCGGAGUCUUUGUGGUCUCUUCUCUCUGCAAUGGCCUCAUUGCUGCUCAGGUCCUCUUCUACUGGAAUGCAAAGACUCCCCACAAACUGAAAAAGGAGCAAUAGAGCUGAGCAAGCUUCUAGAACAAUUCCAUUUCCACUCAUCCUCAGAGUCCUCCCCACAUGACUUGAUCUGCUGGUGCAGUUUAUCCACCUUCCAUUCCUCUAACUGCAGCCUCCUGAGCCAGGGUUGUGGGAGAAGUGAAGCUUGUGUAAGCCCCACCUUCACUCCCUCCCUCCCUUCCCCAGACCCCUCCUGUGAGCAGCUGGUUCGCUGGGGCAGAUGAUCUGGCUCUGUCCACUUGCCUUCCUUUUGGACCAAGGACAGAGCCUAGAAAACUGGUCGGAAGCUAGCGGCUGCCUCCCUCUGCUGCCCGGGUGGGAUGGGCUAUUGGCGCCCAGUUCUGGAGGUGGGGGAGAGUGACUCAGAUAAGGCCCUCGGGGUUGGGUGGGGAGGUUCCUGCAGAGGCAGGUCCUGGCGGAAGGGUGUGUGAAGGCACUGGUUGCUGCUGUAGGGAGAGAAUACAAAUGGGACAAUAAAAGACUCAGAAGCAUG